AUGGCGAUGCGCUGCCGCGUCCUGCUGCUGCUGCUGCUGAUCGUGCUCGGUGCCGUCGCCGGCGCGUCGUCGCACCCGGCAAACGAGUUCUGCGCGGCCGCCGGAGGAGGAGGCGAUGGAUGCGGCGGCGGGGGAGGGGACGGCAGGAGGAUCCUGAUCAAGGGCGGGACGGUGGUGAACGCGCACCGGGUGGAGGAGGCCGACGUGUACGUCGAGGACGGCGUGAUCGUCGCCGUCCGGCCGAGCAUCCCGGUUGGUGAUGAUAAUGUCAAAGUGAUUGAUGCAACUGGAAAAUAUGUCAUGCCAGGUGGAAUUGACCCUCACACACACCUGGAGAUGGAGUUCAUGGGAACUGUAACCAUAGAUGAUUUCUUUAGUGGUCAUGCUGCAGCAUUGGCUGGUGGGACAACGAUGCACAUUGACUUCGUCAUUCCAGUGAAUGGAAACCUAACCGCAGGUUUGGAAUCCUACAAACAGAAGGCAGGAAAAUCUGCUAUGGAUUAUGGAUUUCAUAUGGCCAUUACAAAGUGGAAUGACGAUGUUUCAAGGGAAAUGGAAUCGAUGGUUAGGGAACACGGGAUCAAUUCUUUCAAGUUCUUCAUGGCGUAUAAAGGUUCAUUGAUGGUCACAGAUGAUCUACUACUGCAAGGCUUACAGAAAUGCAAGUCUCUUGGUGCGUUGGCUAUGGUUCAUGCAGAGAAUGGGGACGCUGUUGCUGAGGGACAGCAACGGAUGAUCGAUCUUGGGAUAACUGGUCCAGAAGGACAUGCUCUCUCAAGACCUCCAGUUUUGGAAGGUGAAGCAACUGCCCGGGCAAUUCGAUUAGCCAAGUUUGUCAAUACACCAUUGUACGUUGUUCAUGUGAUGAGUAUUGAUGCAAUGGAUGAGAUUGCCAAGGCUAAAAGAGAAGGGCAGAGAGUCAUCGGUGAACCUGUGGUUUCUGGGCUAGUACUUGAUGAUUCUUGGCUUUGGGAUCCGGACUUCACAAUUGCUUCCAAGUACGUAAUGAGUCCUCCAAUCCGAGAAGCAGGGCAUAAUAAAGCACUUCAAGCUGCUCUUUCAUCAGGAAUUUUACAGCUUGUAGGAACUGAUCAUUGCACCUUCAACUCCACACAGAAAGCUUUCGGCUCUGACGAUUUCAGGAAGAUCCCCAAUGGAGUUAAUGGUAUUGAGGAAAGGAUGCAUAUUAUUUGGGACAGUAUGGUGGAGACUGGGCAGAUUUCUGUCAGUGACUAUGUGAGAGUGACGAGCACAGAAUGUGCCAAGAUUUUCAACAUAUAUCCUCGGAAAGGAGCAAUUCUGGAAGGAUCUGAUGCUGAUAUCAUCAUCCUGAAUCCCCAAAAGAGCUUUGUCAUGGGUGCCCACACACACCAUUCAAGGUCCAACACAAAUGUGUACGAGGGCAGGAAAGGAAAGGGAAUGGUAGAAGUCACCAUCUCAAGGGGACGAGUUGUAUGGGAGGAUGGCAUUCUGAACGUUGUUCCCGGUUCAGGAAGAUACGUCAGGACACCGCCUUACAGCUACCUUUUUGAUGGCAUUGAGAAGUCGGAUGCUGCCUACAGAGCUUCCCUUCGUGCCCCUGUACAGCGUGGCAAGGCUGCUGCGUAACGAUGAUGCACUAUGCUGAUGCGUUGCCGGAAGGUAACACAAUUCCAUCCGGUUGACGAACUACCGAACUAGUUUCUUCAAGGUGAACGACGUCUACUCCAUGCGUAACCUCCUUGUGUUUGUGUAUACAGAUCGCGUUAUUCGUAGCAAUUCUGAUAGGUAUUAAUGUAAAAUUACCUGAUACAAAGAACUUGUUUUUUUAGUUUUCCCUUUUGACAAACCAUAGGAAGCAGUUAAACACAUUUCUGAACCAAAGAUUUACAGGGUUGUUUCGACUUUUUUUUGACGUGAUUGAAAUCAUAUUUUUACAGCAGAAAAUAAGUGUAGCUUCUCAAUCGGUGUAGGGAAUGUAAAGCGUUAUCUUUCUUCUGAAAUGGUGAGAUAUAAGUUCUGGAUGUGCUCAUAAUAAAUUUUGGUAUGGCUCAAAA